UGCAACGUUCCCUUGCCUUUAUAUACGUGAGUCAAUCUGCUUGUACAAUAGAAAGCGGUACCUCUGUGGAGACAAAUUAAUUGAUGCUAUUGUUUCUCGACAUGGGUAUUUGUUGAGGAGUCAACACUUCUUUAGAAACUCCCAGUGUUAUUCCAAGUAAAGAAGAUCCUGUCUUCGUCUUUGGUUUCAUUCGAUUCACUGAUUUCAGAGCGACAACAUGUAUCUGGACACUGCUUCUCACUCUGUGGACUCUACAUCCAAGAUUGGCAAUAUGUAUCCAUCAAAUUUAUUUGAGGCUUUUGGUCACUUUGAUCAUAUACGUACCUCUACUAAUAACACAAACGUGAAUGUUCCGUAUAACCCAUUAACUCAGAGUAUGUACGGAUUACCGCCUGUUACUAUGCCAAACCAAUAUUCGACGCAAACUCUUUGGAAGCCAAACGACGUGGAUAAUUAUCCAUCAUCCGACAUUGUACCAAAGAAAGAAGAAGGAAUUAGGCCUAUCUCACCUGAUAUGCCCCCAAAAGAUGAUCAGAGCAGCGCAGUAGCAACUUCCGAACAGGCGCUUGUUUCGCCAUCGUCGUCUGACAACUGUUCUCAGUCUGGGGCAACGUCAUCGAAAAAGAAAGCUCGAACCGUCUUCACCAGUCAGCAGCUAAGUGAACUGCAAUCUACCUUUAUGAAGAAGAAAUACCUGUCGACCGAAGAGCGCAUGCGCCUAUCGGAAGAAAUCGGUAUAUCACAUACUAAGAUUAAGACUUGGUUCCAGAAUCGUAGAAUGAAAUGGAAAAGAGAAAAUCACUGCAAUGUACCAGGGUUAAUAACUACUUCACUGGACUGCCAACGACAACCGUAUCCUUCUUCUUUCCUGGCGAAGCCUCUGGGUGCCGUACCGAGCGCACCAGUUCAUCACUUCCAGCCAACACCGACGUCAUCCCACAUCCAGGUUCCAUCGUCUCUACCACUUUUGACGUCGUCACCAAAUGUCGGAUGUAUGACGCUAUCGCAGCCCAUGAUGUACAACCAAACACUUAGCAAUACCUUUUCGCAUAAUAUAAACACUUCUAUGCUGGGGCAUCACUCGAUGUCUACGGCGCAACAUCAUCUGAAUGGACAUGAUAUCAGGUUGUCUUCCAUGCCACCCAUUUCAUAUAAUGACACACCAACGUACGACAACAGUUGUCUUGGUUCAACAUGUUCGAGUUCGAUAUAUUCUUAUCAAACAUUACCGACGUAUACUAAUACUAAUAAGGAUAAUAUUUUAAUGUCGGCGCCUUCGACACAACACUUUUUGGAUCCAUAGUCACUAGCUUGAUAUUGCAAAAUGAAAAUUCAUCAUUGUUAUAAUAAUAUUAUGUUUUUCAUGAAAAAUACGUCUGUUAAUCUAUUUCAUUGAAAUCUUCCCGUUCUGCAAUGCCUGAAAUGUUCAUGCAAAAAGCACCGCUAGGCCAUACUGAUACUAUAGGCCUAUCACAACUCAUUGUAACGGUAAAAAGUUGAAUUGUAUAACCUAUUGUGCUAGCAUUUUUUUUCAUUGGUGCUUACAGAAUAAAUCUAUGAUUUUUAUUACCUUCUAAUUUCGUUAUUAUUUAGUUUUCUUAUACAUAAUAGAAUAUUGUGAAUUAUUUUUAUGUCAUUUCCUAUUUAUCAUUUUUUUUUCAAUAAACACAUAGAUUCAUCAGAA